AUGUUCGCUCUCAACACCAUCGUCGUCGCCAUCGCGGCCCUCGCCGCCACCGCUCAGGGUGCCCCUACCGAGACUACCGUCGAAUCUCGCCAGGUCGCCUGCCCCGCCAGCGUCCAGCUCUGCGGCUGGCGUAUCCUUAACGAUCUCAAGUGCUCUGACAAGGCUCACCUCCUCGCCAUUUCUCCCCCCGGGACCACCGAGGGCCAGAUAUUCAACGCCAUCUACGAGACUAACUCCACCGGCUCCGUCUGGCACUUUGUCCAGCAGUGCAAUGGAUGCAACAACUUUGGGGUUGGUAUCCCGGCGACUGUUUGCGUCUAG